GUGCUGUAGAACCUCAGAGACACUUCCGCUCAUUACCAAUUGAGGCAUCCCACAAUCAUGGGCAAUCAGAACCAUCGCCACACUUAAUCUCUUUCCAAUGCUUUAAUAAACUCAAUUCUAAUUAUUUUAAAGCCGGACUUAUCGGUACUCGCCAAGAAUUCCAUACUCACUAUUUCCGAUCUCAUAAUCAUCACUGUAAAUUCUUCAGUGCCUUCGGUCUGCUUAGAGGUGGCGUCCAGGCAGUGCAAGUGACGUAUUACAAAGCAGACGCCGAAAGUCCCCGAACACGAUAGCAUCACUCAAUCUACGCGACAAAAAGAAUCGCCCUCUUGCUUACCAACUCUACACCUAUAAAACAAAUAUCUCCCCAUAUCAUCUUAUCGUUUACCAUCACGUCAUUUUACAUACAAUCGCAAACCCAAACUCAAAACCCACACUUAGAUACUUCUUUCAACAACCGUGACAAUAACGUCUCCAACGAAUCCAUCGCCACUUCGCUGCUGUACAAACAUGGCAGACUCUCCCAUGUCCGACAGCGAGCAGUCCUGGCUCACACUAUCAAUCACACACCGAAAAGUUACUUACGAACUCUCAUUCCCCGAAGAUGCGACGAUUACAGACCUUUUCAACGAGAUUGAAGCGAGUCUCGAUAUUCCCGUCGCAAACCAAAAGAUCAUCGCCCCAAAGACUCCCCUCCUCAAAGCGCCCUUCAAGAACCCCGAUAUGCCCCUCCUCGACCUCAAGGGCAAGCAUUUGACGCUCAUGGGCUCUGGCGCUGCGGAGAUUCAGCAGGUGCAGGAUAUGGCCGAGCGCGUUGCGAAGCGCAAUGCUGCGAGGAUGGCGCAGAGGAGUAAAGCACGUCAUGCGACGACGACGCGCCGAAAUCCACAAGACUCGCAAUAUACAUUUCUUCAAGUCCGACCACUCCAAGGCCUGCCGAACCCAGACCGCAGCCAGAAACUUCUUCUGCGACUGAAGGAAGACCCUGGUAUUCGCGCUGCCAUGACGAAACACAAAUUCGCUGUUGGUCUCCUUACAGAGAUGGAACCUCUUUCGCAUACGCAGACAACACACGAGGGAACAAGUCGCAUUCUGGGAUUGAAUCGCAAUCAAGGCGAGGUCAUCGAACUACGAUUACGAACAGAUGCGCACGAUGGAUAUCGCGAUUACAAAACCAUUCGCAAGACAUUGUGCCACGAACUGGCGCAUAAUGUUCAUGGUCCGCAUGACAGGAACUUCUGGGACUUGUGUCAUCAGAUCGAGAGAGAAGUUGACGCUGCGGAUUGGAAAUCAGGCGGACAUACGAUUGGCGAAACAUCGCGAUAUACUGUUUCUGGACGUGAUGAGGAAGAGGAGGAUUAUCCUGAGGACUUUGGUGGUUGGACUGGUGGUGAAUUUGUGCUGGGAGGAGUUAAGAACAAUUCUACUGCUGGGAUGAGUAGACGAGAGGUACUCGCCCAAGCAGCGCUUGAAAGGCAGAGAAAGGAGGUUGAUUCCGAGCGGAAGGUCUUGGAGGAGCAAAGACAACGAACACCACCAGGUGAUGAAUCCAAGUAACUGAAUGACAUUUCGGACAGCGAGGCGUAGGAAUACCCAUAGAAGGCAUGGCACAGCAUAGCAUAAGCAGGCGUUAGCAUUACAAUCUGAUACACUAUUUCCAUACAAUCGUUGCUCAAUAAGGAAGAGGAUCCAAGUUCAACCCCUCAACACUAAACUUGAACGCAUCGUUUCGCGAAUAACUCCCCGCGGCAUCAAGAUCAAGACGGCCCCUGAUGCAAUCACGGAAAUCAACAUCCGCAAAGAUCAACCCAUCAGGAUCCUCCCACUGCGGUCCAGCAAUGACAUCUCCAAACGGCGAAACAAUCGAUGAACCUCCACGCGAAAGAAACUCUGCUUUUCCAGAAGAAACAGCGCUCUUCGCAGGAGGAGGUCGAGUGUUCGUACCAUCAUCAUCACACCCCAAAACAAUCUCAUUCCCAUCUUCAUCAAAAACAGACUUACGUCUUCUUCGACUCGGCGACUUCGGCAGCGCAAUCUCAAAUCCCUCCUCUGUCAUACACGACCCACGACGCUGUCUCACACCGUUUGUUUCAGAGGAAGUGGUGCUCUUGGGAACGCACAUGUUGCUGCUGACGACGAAACAGCGUCCUUCAACACCGACUGUUCGCAUGAGACCGAGCCAUGCGUCGCGGUUAUCGGCUGUAGGCGCGAGGUAGAGAUUGAUGUUUUGAGCGUAGAGGCUUUGGCGCAGGAGGGGCAUGUAGUUCUCCCAGCAGAUUGCGGCGGCGAGGUUGAUGCGAAUGCCGCGGAUGGUGGUUGUUACGGCUUGGAGCGUGCUGGGGGAGCCUUGAGCCCAGAUGAGGCGUUCAGAGCCAGUCUACAACCGUUAGUUCACCUCAUAUCAUAAUAGAGUAGAGAGGGUCUUACAGGAAGGACUUUGCGACGCUUUCCAAGCAUACCGCCCUUGGGACAGACAUACACAACAGAGCAAUACAAGCUCCCACCAGCUUUCUCAAUACAACCCACCACGAUAAAAACAUCCGUAUCCUUCGCAAUGCGCUCUAGUUCCUCCCGCGAGCCAUCACCACGGACUUCAUCCUCCUCACCAAGCUGUCUCUUCACCCACUUGAUCCCCGCACCACCACCGCCAGGUCCAACGGUAUCGCCGAGAUCAAUGGCUGAAUCGAAAUAACGAGCGAAUUCAUCGCGUCCUUCUGCACUGCGAUUACCAAUCUCACAGCCGAAGGAACUGCCGCGGGGAUACCCGCCGAUGAAGGCCUCGGGGAGUAGGAGGAUGUCGAUGUGGGAUGAGGAUGCGCGCUGGGCGAGGGUGCCGAUGAGGGCGAUGGUAGCGGAGGUGGAGGAUUGGGUGCCUGGGGAGGCGGUUCCAAGACGGAUAUGACCAGCUGCAGCCAUUUUGUAUCACUUGAAACAUAAACACAGACACAGACACAGAAAUAUGCAAUUGGGGUAGAGGAGUAGUUAUAUAAGGUAAAUCAGGUGAGGAUGGCAUGCUCAGCAACGAGCGGGGCAACUAAACCAAGCCAGUCCAUUUCUACACAGUAUUAAAUGUUUCAAUGUUUAACCCAGCGGAUGCCUCGGCGCCUCUUUUUUCAGCAUUGGUCUGUAAGAUAAACAGUCAGAGUUCGUUGAAAGCUGAGUGAGAAGUUGGGAGCUAGACCAUCUUUGAAGCUACCCCGCAUAGACAUGGAGAUAUGCGGCCCGCUGCGGCAUCAUGGCUUCGGGCUUCGGAUCCGAGGCAAGAGGCGAUGUCGGAUGAGAUAUGAUACAAGAUAUGACUUGUGAAGAGUGGAUAGAACUUAUUGUGAUGAGUCUAAUUGAUAAUGGGAACAGGAGUUAGUCACUCGUCUCGCCGACUUCGAACCUAACGCUCAUCAAGGCACUCUUACAGGGACGAGAACCGUUGUGGGAGACAUUGGUCAAGCACAAGCGAUAUACACUG